AUGACUGGAAGCGAGCUGCCACCACAGCCGAAUGGCGUUCCGGAAGGCACACUCGACGCAGCUCUGACAGCUUCCGCGGUCGUCGAAGGCGAGUUUUGGAUAUUUGGUUAUGCGAGCCUCAUCUGGAAGCCGCCACCACAUUUCGGUACGAUCCCGACACAACUUCUCAAAGACCACGCUCUCUUGGACGAUGUACUGAUGCUGACCCUGGAUCGGAGCAGACCGCAGAGUACCAGGAUGGGUGACCGGUUAUGUGCGCCGAUUUUGGCAGGCAAGGUGAGCAUUUCAAUCUUCUCCUCGUCGACGGGAACAGGACCGGGGGCUGGCAAAGAUGCUUUUGAAGACCACCGUGGCACCCCCGAGGCACCCGGUCGCGUGGCCACGCUCAUUGAGCGCUCCUUUUGGGAGAACCUGACGGAUCACCACGACUGCGCCUCCGACAAAGUCUGGGGCGUCGCCUACCGCAUCGACGCCGCACACGCCGCCGAGGUGCGCGAGUAUCUCGACAUUCGCGAGAUCAACGGCUACACCGUUCACUACACGCCGUUUUACCCUGCGUCCAAGGGCACUGCCGCGUUUCGCACCAUGGCAUACAUUGGCACGCCCGAGAACCCGCAGUUUACCGGUCCGCAAGACGUUCAGGCCCUGGCGGAGCACAUUUACCGGUCGACGGGGCCGAGUGGGCCGAACCGGGACUACUUGUGGGGCCUGGAGACGGCGCUCGAUGAGCUGAGCCCGGAGAGCGGCGACGAGCACGUCACAGACCUGUCGAACCGCGUGCGGGCCUUGGCCAAGGCUGCUUCUGAAGCCGAAGCCGAAGCCGAAGCCGAAGCCGAAGCCGAAGCCGAAGCCGAAGCAAAGUCAAACCCUUCUGCUCAGUAA